AUGGGUGCCCCGAAUCAUAUCAGUGGCCCGAGCGGGGAGCUGGGCCCUGACGCUGACGUUUCCGCCCUCGAACUACAGCAGGAUACCGCAGACUCAGGGGCAAAGACUGCGACUGAGCAGAAAGCCCCCAAGAAGCGCUCCAAAGCAGGAUGUUUGACCUGCCGGCAACGCCGUAUAAAAUGCGGGGAAGAGAAACCUAUAUGUAAUAAUUGUGUCAAAUCUAAGCGCGAAUGCAAGGGAUAUGCCCAGCGUUUGAUCUUUAAAAGCCCUCUUGGCAUUGUUUGCUCUUCCAAUGCCCAGGCUGCGAAUGCGCAGAUGCAAUCAAUGCCUAGCAAUCAGCCGCUUCCGAGCAGUUACGAUGCUCCUGCAUUUUCUCAACCCAGACCUGCAGACUCGCAUCAGCCGAUAUUAGCUCCAAAACCUGCUCCCUUCCCUAUGUUGGAGCAAGGCUCUUUCCCCACAGCUAUUGCAUCUGAACACCAAGAGUCUGACGGGACCAGCACACUGCCAGUCCAUUAUCUCCCUGGUCAAGGCCGCGGCUCUGCCGUGUCCGAAUCGUCCAGAGUGUCUGGAGUACCAGUCCAAACCCUGUUUCAUGGGAAAUUACAAGAAUUACCGCCAAAUGUCGGCGGAACUUACCAACUCUCCCAUGUGGGAGCGGGCCCCGUUGAUUACUGCAUUCAAUGCAGGCAAAGAACCGGCACCUUGUCUCAUUCAGAUAGCUCCAAUGUCUUGCACCGGUUUCCAACGUCUGCCACGGCCCAAACACAGCAGCAGUCGCAUCUAUACCAGCCAAUUCCAAUGUCACCACCUCCUUCCCGAAUGGAGUAUGAUCCAGAGGGCGACGAUUACUAUGACAUUGAGUCCGAAGAGGAGCUGGAAGACCAGACAUCAGCCGAAAACUUUAACCAGCUAAAUCUUAUCAUGGCUUCAGCAAACCGGGAUCAGAGGCAGCUCCGUUCAUUUACUACCUAUUUGAACGAGCCCAACGUCCUUGCCUCCUACUACCCCACUCUUGGUUCUUCGCCUUUGAACAAUCCCAAAACGGCUCGAAUUUUCCUUCAUUUCAUCCAUUCUACAGGACCUUCGUUGUCUAUCUUCGAACGACAUCCCAUCGAUCCUUCAACUAUGUUCGGUGCCCCUGUCUCCCCAGCACAACAGGGUUUGUGGACGUACACGUUGCCGUUCAAGGCAUUAGAACACCAAGCUUUACUCCAGACUAUUCUUGCCCUUAGCAGUCUCCAUAUUUCGUAUCUACAAGAAGCUCCCCCAACUGUCUCUCUGAAACACUAUCACUAUGCGCUCAAAAGAGUUGGCGUCGCAGUCGGUCUCCCUAUGCGUCGAAAGCAGAUAGGCACUUUAGCUGCCGCACUGCUAUUGGCAUACUACGAGGUUAUGUGCGCAGAGCACUACAAGUGGAAUAGUCACGUCGCAGGAUCAGCCCAGCUGGUGCGGGAGAUCGAUUUUGCUGGUUUAACCCGAGACCUUCGCGCGCAUCGGCGGAGGGUAGUCGCGCGGCGAAAGCAAACAGGAUCUGGGUUUUCGUUCGAAGAAUCGUAUUUAUUUGGGAAUCGAGCGAAUGAGGACGAUCCAUUUGCCGAGAAAGAAAACAGUAUUGAUGAAUAUCUCAUCGGAUCUCUUGUCGGUCGAGCAGUUAAUUAUGAUGAAUUUGGACAGGUCGAAGAUGGCCCUGGGAGAUCUCAUCAGAAGCAUUUCACUCGAAAGGAUAUUGAAAACAUCCGGAUUCAGUGUGACCUGUACUGGUGGUAUUGCAAGCAAGAUAUCAUCCACGGCAUGAUUAGUGGCAGCGGACUAUUUACACCGUUUUCUCAGUGGAUCCGGUGUCCGCCUCGGGCUGGCCUAGGUCGGCUGGAUGCUAUUUAUGGCUCGGCAGAUCAUCUAUGGCUUUUGCUAGGUCGAUUAACGGAAUUCGGACGUCGUGAUAGGAAGCGAAAAUUGAAGGCAGGAAAGGUUGCUGGAUCAGAAUGGAAGCCGGAUUCCGAGCUCUAUAAGUUCAUGGCUCGUUUCGCUAUGUCGUCCCCAGACAGACAGAAGGAGCAUCCUCAAAAUACUUCGCCUUGUGCUCCUGCUGCUCCUCCUUCUGGUUCAUCAGGAGCAAACAGUCACCCUUCUGACACAGAUAUUACCCAACCUGGCGCACGACGCGAAAGUCCGCAAGCUGGUGGUUCUUCUAUGUACGGUAUGAUUCCAUCUAGUGGACCAAGAUGCAUACCUCCUGCAUUCGCCGAUACGGCAGACCGUAGUAGCUUACCCAACCUGGACGACGAGGACGACGAGUCUGAGUCGUAUAGCGAAGCCGAACAGGAGUGGGAACGUAUCUUGGCUGCGUUUGACACAUUUGCGAAUGCUAUAGGUCCGGACUUCAUGCCUCUACCGUCUGAUAGUACUCCUCCGAUAUCUUCCCCAUUUGGAACAGCCCUUCAAUAUCGGACGCAGACGAUCGCGGUGGUAUGGGGUUUUUACUAUGCAGGUCGAACACUUCUGUAUAGACUGCACCCGUGCAUGCCACCCGCAAUGAUGGUCGCUGCAGGCGUCGCAGCGGCUGCAACUGCCAACUACGCACAAAUCAUCGGUAGAAUCGCAGCUGGCAUAUACUACCCUCAGCUAUUCAACCGUGAGGCAGGAAGCCUAAGCCCUACUCUAGGCUCAUGCCUGAUCGAAAUCACAGUGCCUAGCUUCUUUGCUGGUGUACAAUAUUCGGACGCCGCGCAACGAGAGUGGAUUAUCACCAAGCUCCGCGACAUCUCUCGCCUGACCGGCUGGAAAUCGGCUGACGCUGUGGCUAACGGGUGUGAGAGUGCGUGGGUAGCUGCGGCAAGACAAGGGUAUGGCCCACCAUACAAGCGCAGUAGCGAGCUCUUCUACCAACCAUCCCCACCCGUGACACAAAGGCCAGCGUAUGCGAACUCUGAGAGGCGGUUCAUUGCCACCGAGGGUAGCAGCUGGGCUAUGGGAAUCCUGAGCCUGGAUGACGAUAUGCAGAGUCUGAGGAUAGCGGAACGUGAAUGA